AUGGCCCAGUAUGAGUUCCUGCCGCUGUGCGACGUCCUGUUCAACAUCAUCUCGCUGGCCGCUUACUUCUGCGACAUCGUGUUCGACGUGGUCAUGGGCUACGCGCUCUACUCGCAUGGCCGCUACGUGCCGUUCGUCCUGACCAUGUUGUUCGUCGGGGCAUCGGCCACCGUCGAGCAGACCAUGUCGCUGCGCUGGUACCUGGCCGCGCGAGCCGUCGGCGACAAGUCCACGCUGGCCGACCGGGUGAAGCGGUCGGCCGUGCAGGCGUUGCACUUCGUCCAGCUGGGCGUCCUGUGGAGGUACUUCAAGCUGUUCCUGCCCGUCGACCUGCGGUACGUCAAGUUCGAGGUGCGCGACCUGUGCAUGCUGCGCCUGUUGCACGCGUUCUGUGAGUCAAUGCCGCUGCUGCUGUUGCAAUCCUACCUGCUGUGGACGGACGGUGGCGACCGCAAACACUUGCGUGACCUCAACAAGGUGGCCGUCACGCUAUCCACCGUCAGCGUGUGCUGGGCUCUGGCGUCGUUCGGCAAGAAUGUGCGCAUGCAGAACGUCCACAGGCUAGUCCUCACGUGGCUCGGGGUUAUAUUUCAGUUCCUGUGGCGUUUGGGCACUGUCGGGGCCAGAGUCAUUUCGUUGACCGCCUAUGCCGCUAUUUACAAAUAUUGGGUGCUGUUGGUACUCGGCUUACAUUGGUUGUCAAUGCUACUAUGGCUACAUUCGCCCAAGAAUGUAUUUCACGGUGAACGGAUGUCUCCUAAACGUAAAGCUUUUUUGUUUGCACUCUUAGCUUUUGUGUUCACGUUCGAAUAUGUUAACCUACUGGAGAACAAUCAUAGAGAAAAAAUGUUGAUGUUUUAUGUGGUGAUGGCAUUAGAAAACGCUCUUCUUAUGUUUGUGUGGAGCAUUGACAGCGGUGAUGCAGUCAAACCAUUUAUUGUUCUUGGGCUGUUCUGUUGUGGUCUUGUGUUCAUGGCAGUUUAUUAUCAGUUUUUCCAUGUACGAAGAUUGAAAUAUGAAUCUGGAGGCAGACUAAGCAAUGCUACAAAUAGUAACAACUCAACAGCAAAGCUAGCAUUGGAAGCCAAGUAUAAAGAUCAAUUAAAUGUGCCUAAUGGCAAGACUGACCUUAUAAGGAGACACAGCUUUAGCAGUGUGUAUGAAAACAUACCACCAGGUGGUUACCACAACCAAGCUAUUGCUAGUGAUCCCCCUCCAACCUUGCAAAGAAACCAGAGGUAUUAUAGCGCAUUGCCAGCAAGUGUACAUAAUGGUAUUCCUGGCGUUUUCAACUGUCGUUUCACAAACCCAUAUGUGGCAGCCAUGCAAAAGCGCAAAAAAAAGAAGCCGACUACGUUUGUGCCCCCACCGUCUGGCACAAGUGGUCGAGAUAGUGUUGCGUUUUGGUGCAAGCCGCCGCCAUCCAAUCAUAGCCAACAGGGUUCCAGUGAAAACGAGAGUGCCAGCUCUCACGUGGAUAUCCGGCAGAAAUUACAAGAAAAAAGACAAAACCAACUAGCCGAACUCCGAGCUAUUGAGGAGGAGAUUAGGCAAGGCAAGUUAAAAGAACCGCCAGAGAAUGGAGAAGUACUGUUGUCUCCUCAGGGAUACUUGCAACAACAACAUUGGAUUGCUCCACCUUAUAGUGCUCAAGCAAACAAUGCUCAACCAAACGAUCAAGUGUUCACAUUGAUGUACAAAUCAUACAAAUCACCAUCAGAUUUAGAUUCGCAGAUAUCACUGCCUCGUUCAUACACACUGCCCAGAGAGUUUAAAUUCUACAGAAAAGUAAGGCCCAGAAAAACUAUACGUUCCGAUCACUUUGUUGCAUCCACAAAUUCAAGUGAUGGAGAUGUAGACUCUGGUGAUGAUGAGUCGGACACCUCGCAGCCAAAACUAUCACCACGGCCCUUGCGGCUCCCUGAUCGUAAUGCUCUCACCACUCGACACGAAACCAAACUAUAA